CAGAAGUAGCAUAGUAAGAAAUAUAGUCACUUUUAAACUUCCCAAUAACAUCAUUGUUAAUACUGGCUGAUAGCACAUGCGUCAAAAUAAAUCAACGACGAAUUAUGACACACAUCAAACUCUAAAAUGUAUGUAGGCUUUUGGAAUAUCUAAAUAAUUUAAUUCAGUUUAAACAUGAUACAAAAUUCCUUGUUUAUAUAAUACAAAACACAAUUUCCACAAUGCAAGACGACGUAGAAUUUGACGAGUUCUGCGACCCUAACAAUCCACGAAAAAUUAAAUAUGACGACAUACUGGCUGCAUCGAAAAGAAUUGCUGGAUUUGUUGUAAAGACGUCCUGCACGAGGGCACUUAUGUCUGACAGACUUGGGAUGGAAAUUUAUCUUAAACAAGAAUUCAUGCAAUACACUGGAUGUUUUAAAGAGCGAGGUGUAAGAAACACCCUAAUGUUACUUAACGACGAACAAAAAAGAGCUGGCGUGAUAGCAGCCUCGACUGGUAACCACGGAUUGUCUCUCGCCUACCAUUCAACACUUAUGGGAAUCCCUUGUAUAAUUGUAAUGCCAAUACAGGCACCUAUCACGAAGAUUUCUAAAUGUGAAAAAUUUGGUGCAAAGCUAUUACUACAUGGCAAUAAUAUUGCCGAAGCGAAACGCUUUGGAAUGGGUAUAGCUAAGGAAAAGAAAAUGCGAUAUGUUAAUGGCUAUGAUCAUCCUCAUGUUAUAGACGGUCAAGGAACUAUAGGUAUUGAAAUAAUGGAACAAGUUCAAGGAGUAGAUGCGGUUUUAGUCCCUGUUGGAGGUGGCAGUUUGGCUUGCGGCAUUGCAGUUGCUGUGAAACAUUUGAAACCGGAUGCUGAAGUCUAUGGAAUUUGUACAGAAAAAGCCUGUAGUAUGGUCGAAGCUUUGAAAAAAAAUGAGAGAGUAGCUAUAACAAUCGAUUCAACAAUAGCUGAUGGGUUAGCUGUUAACAUGGUCGGCGUAAAUACGUUUUACAAUUUAAAAGGUCUUAUGGAUAAAAUGGUGGUCGUUAAAGAAGAUUGGGUAGCUCGUGCUAUAAUGCACGUCGUUGAGGAGGAAAGAUUUGUGGUUGAAGGCGGUGCUGCAGUCACCAUUGCAUCAAUCAUGGCGGGAUUGUUUCCGAACCUCAAAGGGAAAAAAGUUGUCUGUGUUCUAAGUGGUGGUAACAUCGAUACAACAAUUCUUGCCCGGGCCUUAGAGCGUGGGAUGGCUGCUGAAGGACGACUAGUUAAAUUCAAAGUAACCGUCACCGAUCGUCCUGGAGGUAUGGCAGAGUUAUGUGGAAUGAUGGCAAACCUGGGAGUAACACUUCGGGAUUGUAUUCCUGAGAGAGCUUGGGUCAAAGGAGACAUCUUUAGCUGUGAGCUUAAAGUAAUAGCUGAAACCAGGGGUUGGGACCACACUAAAGAACUUGUUGAACAAGUAAAGAAACAAUUCAAGCAUUAUUACUUCCCAGAAAUGGGUGAUAGUCAGGCAAAAUCUCCAGGUGCCCGACGCGGACCAUGUUUGGCGCCCAACCCAGUUUGUAUGCAGAAAUAGUGUUUUCCGUGUUUCCAUAAAGUAACUGAUAUAUAUUUUAAUGAAUAAACAAUUUUAUAUAAAAAAAACUUGUUACAUCUUGUUUAUAAAUAAGAUAUAAACGUGUA